CUCCAUUGCAGGUCGUGCCCGUCUUCUCCUUCUCCUUCUUCCUUCUCCAACAACUCCAUUUCUUAUUUCUUCGAUCAGUGACGCAUCGCUCCUCUCUCCAUCUCUUUCUUGCCUCUCUGCGCAAUACCCAUUUCGAUUCCUCACGCUAGUUUGAUCAACAGAGGAAUCCAUGGAGUCCGCCAUCUCUCUCUACGCCCUCUCCUCCUUCUUCUCAUUCCUCCUCCUCCUCCUCCACCAACCUCGCCUCCUCCUCUCUCAGCAAGCCUAUGUCAACAACAAGCAGCUCGCCUGCGACGACACCACCAACGACAACCUCACCGAGGGCUUCGCCUGCAACGGCCUCCGCAACUCCUGCCGCUCCUACGUCACCUUCCGAUCCAAUCCCCCCGCCUACGCCUCCCUCGUCUCCGUCUCCUACCUCCUCAACUCCCAGCCUUACAUCGCCGAGAUGACUUCCAUCAACAACCUCACCGACGUCGAGCCCGUCGCUUCCGAUACCCUAAUCAUCGCCCCGGUCGACUGCGCUUGCACCUCCUCCUCCCCCUCCUAUUACCAGCACAACGCGUCGUACGUGCUCAAAUCCGAGACGUACAUGCUCCUCGCCAACGACACCUACCAGGGGCUCACCACUUGCCAGGCUCUCAUGGCUCAGAACCCGUACGACGCUCGGAACCUGACCAAGGGGUUGAAUCUGACUGUUCCGGUGCGGUGCGCGUGCCCGACGGCGACCCAGAGCUCGGCGGGAGCCAGGUACUUGCUCGCAUACCUGGUGACUUGGGGCGAUGACAUCUCUUCCAUCGCGGAGAUGUUUGGGGUUAGCGAGAAGAGCGUGCUCGACGCCAACGAGUUGACCGAGAAGAGCACGAUUUAUCCUUUCACGCCGAUUUUGGUACCGCUGCCGAAGGAGCCGACGAAGAUCGUGACGGCGCCGCCGCCCGCGAGUCCGCCGGCCACUCCCUCCGUGCCGGCAGGCAAUAAUUCAGGAUCUUCGAAGAAGUGGGUAUUCGUCGGCGUUGGUGUCGGAGGUGGUGUGCUCGUGAUUGCUCUCGCGCUCUGGUUCUUCUGCUAUUACUCUCAGAAGCGCAAGCAACCGAGAUCGUCUGGUUUGACGCCCAAGAAGUUCUCAGAAACCUCCACGACGGAUGACACUACUGUGCCAGUGAAGGGCAGUUCCUACUCCGGCUUUUCUUCCGGCGUUCGAGACGCGAUUGAAACUCUGACCGUGUACACAUACCAGGACCUGCAAGCGGCCACUGGGUUCUUCAGCGAGGAGAACAAGAUCAAGGGCUCGGUCUACCGCGGCGUGUUCAAGAACGACGAUGCGGCGGUCAAAGUCUUGAAGGGCGACGUCUCGAGCGAGAUCAACAUCUUGAGGCAGAUCAACCAUUCCAACAUAAUCAGGCUGUCCGGGUUCUGUGUCCAUGAAGGGAACACUUACCUCGUUUACGAGUAUGCUGAGAAUGGGUCGCUCAGCGACUGGCUUCACUCCAAGAAGUUCGAAAGCUACUCUGUUCUUUCAUGGAAGCAGAGGGUUCAGGUCGCGUACCACAUAGCCGAUGCCCUCAACUAUCUGCACAAUUACACGAACCCCCCCUACAUCCACAAGAAUCUUAAGAGCAGCAAUGUUCUCCUGGACGCGAAUUUCAGAGCGAUGGUCGCCAACUUCGGGCUGGCGAGGCUCGCGGAACACAACGAAGAAGGCGGGCUUCAGAUGACCAGGCAUGUCGUUGGGACUCAAGGUUACAUGGCCCCGGAGUACAUAGAGAAUGGCGUGAUCACGCCGAAGCUAGAUGUGUUCGCCUUCGGGGUCGUGAUGUUGGAGCUCUUGUCCGGACGGGAAGCUGCCGGAGACUCCAAGAAUGGAGAGGAGAUGCUGUCCGCGGCCAUCAAGAGGGUGCUUGACGGAGAUAAUGUGAGGGAGAAUCUACGAGCCUUCAUAGAUGCUUCGCUUAAGAACGACUAUCCUUUGGACUUGGCAUUUUCCACGGCGGAGCUCGCGAAGAGGUGCGUCGCCAGCGAUCUGAAUGCUCGCCCGGAGAUGGCCGAAGUUUUCAUUACUCUUUCCAAGAUCUUCUAUUCCUCGCUGGAUUGGGAUCCAUCGGACGAGCUCGAUCGAUCCCAGUCAAUGAGUCGUGGCAGGUGAAGCAGGUUGAAUACAAUUUUACGUAAUCCGGUGAAAUAGCAUUCCUAGUUCAGCUAGAAAAAAAAAAUACAUACAUUAUCAUAAAAAGCAAUAACGACAACUUUUAUUGUCGUCGUUUUUGCCUAAAUGAGUGUGCCGAAUCCCAUAUACAACACAAAUCAGAUAUUUCACCCCCGUUUUGGAUGAGUCCAUAAUAAUGUCCAUGUCCUAUUUCAG